AUGGCUUCUGUGGAGUUAGUUUUUCUGGACGAAGACCAAUGUAAGAGCAAUGUACCGAAAGAGGUGAAUUGGGGUUUGCACAGCCCAUACUCCCAGAUCUCAAGUCAUUCAGCACCAGGGUCAGCUCCGUUGGAAGGUCACAGUCAAAAGCAUGUGCACCAUGCAACUGCCAGAGACAUCAAGGUGUGCUGUGAUGAGGAACUGGAGACUUCUUUUACAUACAUUGAUGAAAAUGUCAAUUUGCAGUGUGCAGGCUCACCUCUGUCUGAUAAAAGCUACCAUAUCCAAUCUAACCACAGCUCUUUCGCUGAAAUUAGGCAAGUUGCUGACGGACUGCAGGACCUCUCAAUCACUUCUGAUGAUGACAACGCCUCUGAGGCCUCGGGCACAUCAGUGGAUUAUGGAUUCAUCAGUGCAUUACUGUUCCUUUUCAGUGGGAUCACAUUAGUUGUCAUAUCUUACGUGAUCCCCCGUGAUGUGACUGUGAAUCCAGACAGUGUUUCAGCCAGGGAAAUGGAAAGACUGGAGAAUGAAAGCGCUCGACUGGGAGGACAUCUGGACAGGUGUGUGAUAGCUGGACUGGGCCUCUUAACCCUUGGGGGCAUGCUGCUGUCCACAUUACUCAUGGUGUCUAUUUGUAAAGGUGAGUUGUAUCAGAGGCGGAGGUUCGCGACUUCAGGGCGAUCCGGAAAAAUUUACGGUUCAUUCAAUUUUCGCCUGAGAUCUCCAGAUAACAACACAAGGCGAUACUCUCUGGAUAGUGCAGAGACAAUAGUAAUUGAUUAACAGUAUAUUUACAAAUGUCAAAAGCUACAAUUUAUUCACCAGGCUAAUUGCAAUUCUAAGACUGUACUGUCAAAUUUGUAAUAUUCACAACAUCCCAUUUAAUGCUCCACUGAUCUAGACUUUACAUCUUUUAGUAGGAAAUACAAAGAACAGUACCAAAAGCAUUCCUUGAUGAAGCACACUGUAUUCUCUUCUUACACUAAAUGAAGGUUGACCCAGUUUCUAAAGCCCAUUUUAUUGCUAGUAUUAAGUAUAAUGUAAAUAUUUCAUAACUCCAAUAAGACUCCCAGG